CCGCAUUACAUGCCCCAAGCUAUCUGGUACACUACAAAUGGAGUACUGGAAAACGCUAACGGUUCGGUCGGAUCUGAUGAAAGAGGGAGAGGAUAGCUCUCGGCCGGAUCAGAAAGAGAGAGAGAGAUUAAAGAAAAUGGAAAAGUUGAAAGAUUCCUAUAAAUAUGCCAUGGAACAGAAAUGUGAAGAGCUGAAGGAAAUGUUCGAGAAUCAUCCGGAAAUAAUGCGCGAAGAAAUGACAGUGGACGGGGACACUGUAUUACACCUUGCGGCUUCUUACAGCAGCAAAUCACAAGGUAAAAAAGUCCUCGAAAUGCUUAUCAACAUACUCUGUUCAAUCAAUGACAAGAUGAAAGCUGUGAGGGUUCCAAAUAAGUACGGAAACAAUACUCUCCACGAGGUGAGUGUGUCCGGCAAUAAGGAAGCGGCAGAGUACCUGGUGAGCAACUUCAACAAGCCUGUUCCAGAAGAGGUCAAGAUCAGUACUAGUAGUACUGAUAAAGAGAAUUAUGCGCCGCAGCUGCGGGAGGCUCGGGAUUUAGAGAAUUAUGAGCUGCUGCUGCGGGAGGCUCGGGAUUUAGAGAAUGAGCUGCAGAAGCAGAAGGCUCGGGAUUCAGAGAAUUAUGCGCUGCAGCUGCUGGAGACUCGGAACUAUUUAGGAGAAACUCCGCUCUUCAGGGCAGCUGCUCUCGGUCACACGGACUUGGUCAAGCUUUAUGCCGACAAACUACAGGCGGACAAUCUUUGGAGGCACUUCCACAGAGAUGACAAAAUGUCCGUUCUUCAUAUCACAGUCGUUGCGCAACAUUUUGAGACUGCUAUUUGGUUAUUGGAGAAAUACCCAUCUCUAGCGCUCCUUGAGGAAGAUAAAGGAUUGACAAGCCUUCAGUUGCUAGCCCAAAUGCCAACUGCCUUUUAUCCAAAUUUUGAAGAAAGCAAAUGGAAGAUGCUAAUUUAUUAUUGCCUUCCUGAUGGAGGAAAUGUGGUCACACCACAUCAGAAGGAUGAUGUGGAGAGCGGCAUGGAUGGCAACCAUCCCCGUCCAUCCGUCUUUCGGAAAAAGCUUGCAGUUGUUAUGAAGGCUUACUAUUCAUUAUGGGACUCCCUUGCUAAAGUUAAUGUAUACAUAUGCUUGACCAUGCGAUGGAUAGGAAUAGGAGGCCCACAGAAAGAGGUAAUCUACAUGAUAUGGAACGAGAAGAAAAACAAAAAAUUUCUGAAGAAACUCAUCCAAUUGCUCGUCAAGUGGGACGACCAUUCUUUGUUGACUCCUAGUAAGCAAGCAAAAAUCAGGACCAUUUCUCUAUGGGAAAAACCUGAUAAAGAAAAGGAAGCAACCAAAUCCGGUACGACAAAUGGUGAUGAAGGUGGUGAAAAAGGAAACGCGGCCGCAGAUAAGCAUUUCUCUUGGGUCAGGGAGAUAACCGAAUUCGAUAGAUAUGAAAAAGAAAAGGAAGCAACCAAAUCGAGAAAGGAGGCGAGGAGUGAAUUAUACAACUCUUCCCCAUUGCUUAUAGCAACUAUCAAAGGAAUUGAACCCAUUGUACGGGAGAUACUUGAGCAACGUCCUCAGGCAGCCGAGCAUGUUAACCGUUACGAACGCAACAUUUUGCAUCUGGCCAUUAAGAACCGUAGGGAAAAUAUCCUUGAUCUUAUCGAAAGCGAACCAACUCUGAUGUCAAAGCUGAGUAUGAGGAUAGACCGCAAUGGAAACACCAUAUUGCACCAGGCUGCAGAUAGAACUUACUACUCUAUAGCAGUGGCUCAGAAAGUAAUAGGCCCUGCCAUGGAAUUGCAAAAAGAGCUGCUCUGGAAGCAGCGUAUAAAAGAGAUGUUACCACCUCAUUACAUCAUGCACCACAACGACAACGAUCAGACAGAGGAGGAGUUGUUCAACGCUGGGCAUGACGAGCUUCUGAAGUCCGCACAAGAUUGGGUAAAAGAAACGGCUCGGUCAUGCUCAACCGUGGCGGUGCUAGUGGCCACUGUGGUCUUUGCAGCCGCCUACGCCAUUCCUGGGGGUAACGAGCAAAAUGGUCGUCCUGUUUUCGAGAACAAUCCUCUCUUUUGGCUCUUUACCAGCAUGGACGUUGUGGCCAUCGCCUGCUCAUUAUCUUCUGUGGCAUUCUUUCUCUCGGUCCUCUCCUCCCCUCUCGAGUACCCAAAUUUCGUUAAAAGCAUUCCUCACAAGGUCAUGAUAGGAUUCAUCUUUCUCUUCUUGUCUAUGGCAACCACCAUGCUCGCCUUUGCUGCCACUAUUUUGCUCUUGAUUCGCAUCGAGAAAAAAUGGACCAAGUCUCUAUUUUACCCUAUUGCCUUUUUCCCAGUCCCUCUAUUCGGCCUGCUUCAGUUUCCUGUGUAUCAAUUUGUCAAAACCAUGUUUCUGAAAAUGGAUGCCUGGUUUUUCAAACCCUUACUCCGCUCCCUUGGCUUUCGCAAGAAGAAAUUAAUUUGGAAGACCAAGGCGCAUUGAAUCACAUACACUUUUCGUCAGAGCACAAUAUAUGGUGCAGAUUCAGCAUCUUGCAACAUAAAUAUUUUAUUUAUUGUUAUCAUUUGAAUAUUUGGGAUUUUUCUUAUUUUCUUCCUAUUUUAACAAUGUUAUUGUGUCUUCAUUCACAAGUACGGGCAAUAAGUGAAGAAUAAAGGCUUGUCACAAAUUGUUGCUAAAAAUUAUGUCUCUUGCAUGCUUUUAUUGAUUUGUAAUCAUCAUUACCUGGGUUCAAACCCUACUCUCU